GGGGAGUGUGCUGAAUGAAGCAGGAAGUAACAUGUUUAUUUUGUACAGGAUCCAUUUUGAGACGACAGAGCAGAAAACACUAUAUGGAGAGACCUGAAAAAUAAAGUGAGUAUUUGGGUCAGUGCUCGAAAAUUUGUCUCUCUAGGGAGAGAGAGGAGGGGGCCCUGCCUCUAAAAUGAGUCUCUCUGAGGGACAUGACACCAAAACUAAGAGCCCAAUCAAGCAGGAGAGACCAGCCUCCCCUGUACCCAGCUGUGUGUCGAUGAAGAGUAACAAGUCUAUGGGUCUACCUAUAAAGUUUAGAGAGGGAGACUUUUCUACUGAACAAAGCCCAAUCAAGCAGGAGAGACCAGCCUCCCCUGUACCCAGCUGUGUGUCGAUGAAGAGUAACAAGUCUAUGGGUCUACCUAUAAAGUUUAGAGAGGGAGACUUUUCUACUGAACAAAGCCCAAUCAAGCAGGAGAGACCAGCCUCCCCUGUACCCAGCUGUGUGUCGAUGAAGAGUAACAAGUCUAUGGGUCUACCUAUAAAGUUUAGAGAGGGAGACUUUUCUACUGAACAAAGAAACCAACAGGAGAGAUCAGAGUCAGAGAUUCUCAGUGGUCAGUCUGCCCAGAGUCAUCAAACAGACCUGGUCUACAUAUUCAGUUUGCUUGAAAAGAAUAUUAUGACAUUUGUGAAGAACGAGCUGAAGAUGUUCAAGAGGAUUCUUAGUCCAGAACUCCCAGAAGGCUUUGAGAGUCAGAAGCAGGAUAAGGAAGUGGUGGAUGCUGAAGAUGAGAACCAGGAGAGCAGUGCCAGAGAGGGGGCUCUGAAAAUCACACUGCACAUCCUGAGGAAAAUGAACCAGAAGGAGCUGGCUGACACACUGGAGAAAAAUGAGCUUGCUGUGAUUUGCCAACGUGAACUCAAAUCUAAUCUGAAGAAGAAGUUUCAAUGUGUAUUUGAGGGGAUCGCUAAACAAGGAAACCCAACACUUCUCAAUAAGAUCUACACAGAGCUCUACAUCACAGAGGGUGGAACAGGAGAGGUCAAUAAUGAACAUGAGCUGAGACAGAUAGAGACAACAACCAGGAAACAAGCAAGACCAGAGACUGCAAUCAAAUGUAACGACAUGUUCAAACCCAUAACUGGACAAGACAAACUUAUCAGAACUGUACUGACAAAGGGAGUCGCUGGCAUUGGAAAAACGGUCUCUGUACAGAAGUUCAUUCUGGACUGGGCUGAAGGAAAAGCAAAUCAAGAUAUCCAAUUUGUAUUUUCAUUCCCCUUCCGGGAGCUGAAUUUGAUGAAACGGGACAAACACACUUUGAUUGAACUUCUAAAUUACUUCUCAAUGGAAACCAAACAAUCAAGAAUCUCCAACUACAACAAGUACAAAGUUCUGUUCAUCUUUGAUGGUCUGGAUGAGUGCCGACUGCCCCUAGACUUCCAGAAGAACAAGAUCUGUUGUGACGUCACAGAGUCAACCUCAGUGGAUGUUCUGCUGACAAAUCUCAUUAAGGGAAAUCUGCUUCCCUCUGCUCUCCUCUGGAUAACUACCCGACCUGCAGCAGCCAAUAAGGUCCCUUCAGGGUGUGUUGACCAGGUGACAGAGGUACGAGGGUUCAGUGACCCACAGAAGGAGGAGUACUUCAGAAAGAGAUUCAGUGAUCAGGACCUGGCCAGCAGAAUCAUCUCACACAUAAAGACAUCAAGGAGCCUCCACAUCAUGUGCCACAUUCCAGUCUUCUGUUGGAUUUCCGCAAUAGUCCUUGAACAUAUGCUGAAGCAUAAGAGAGACGAGAUGCCCAAGACUCUGACUGAGAUGUACACACACCUUGUGGAGUUUCAUACCAAACAGAAGAAUGAAAAGUAUCUUGGGAAAGAAGAGGCAGGUCCACACUGGAAUAAAGAGAGCAUUCUGUCACUGGGAAAAAUAGCUUUUCAACAGCUUGUCAAGGGAAAUCUGAUUUUCUAUGAAGAAGACCUGAAAGAGGCUGGCAUUGAUGCCAAUGAAGCCUCAGUGUACUCAGGAUUGUGCACACAGCUCUUUAAAGAGGAAUGUGUGCUGUACCAGGACAAGGUGUACUGCUUUGUGCAUCUGAGCAUUCAGGAGUUUCUGGCUGCUGUAUAUGUGUUCCUCUCAUUCAUCAACAACAAUGAGAAUCUCAUGGACAAACUGCAAACAAAAGACGAGCAUGAAGUUACUGUCUACAAGAGUGCUGUGGAUAAAGCCUUACAAAGUGAGACAGGAAACCUGGACCUUUUCCUCCGCUUCCUUCUGGGCCUCUCACUGGAGUCCAAUCAGAAGCACUUACGAGGUCUACUGACAAAGACAAGAAUCAGCUCACAGACCCAUGAAGAAACAGUCAAGUACAUCAAGGAGAAGAUCAGGGAGAAUCCCUCUCCAGAGAGGAGCAUCAAUCUGUUCCACUGUCUGAAUGAACUGAAUGACCAUUCUCUAGUGGAGGAGAUCCAAAGCUACCUGAGGUCAGGAAGUCUCUCAAAACCCAACCUGUCACCUGCACAGUGGUCAGCUCUGGUCUUUGUGUUGCUUACUUCAGAAAAAGAGCUGGAUGUGUUUGACCUGAAGAAAUACUCCAGAUCAGAGGAAGGUCUUCUGAGGCUGCUGCCAGUGGUCAAAGCCUCCAGAGCUGUUCUGUGAGUACAUAAAAUUACAUUUAAGCAUUUAUCAUCAGG